ACUCUCACUCGCUUUGAGAGAGAGAGAGAGAGAGAAAAGCGAUGGAUGAGCCAUUCUUGGAUGAUGACGAGUUACUGGAAUGCGUGGAGUUGAUCGAAGCCACCAUGAAUGCCGAUGGUUUUGGCGGCCUACCUCCUCCGCCUGUUCCAGUGUCUAUACCGGCUCCGGAGAUGACUACGACGACGAUUUCAUCGUCUGUAUAUCAUCACCCUAUGCAAUUACAAUCCUAUACGGGACAAAGGAAACAAAUUCCAGUUCGUGAUCCUUUCUCUAGUUAUUCUCCACCUAGAGAACUCUCUCAAAGAGUAGGAGGAAGAGGAGGGGGUUUCAAUGACGCGUUAAUGGAUUACUCUACGGUUACUACUGCUCGUAAACCAAUCUCUCCUCCGACUUCUUCUAUUCGUCGCUUUGAUAGUGAGAAAGAUCUCGAAAUUGAUCGCUUAAAGAAGGAGCUAGGGCGUGUCUCGAAGCAAUUGCUUGAUUUGGAACAAGAAUGUUCUCAGCUUAAAAAGGGGAAAAACAAAGAAACAGAAUCGAGAAACUUGUGUGCUGAUAAAAAUGGCCAAUGUGCUAUAACAGUUCAUGCUUCUUCUUCUAAGGGAACAAACUUGGAACCAGAUGUUGCAACUGCUUCAGUACAUCAUCGAGAAAUCGACUCUACAACAGGGUUGGAUGAUAAAAGAAGUUUCAAGACCACUGGUGUUCAGGCGGAUCUGGCUAAUCACGCUGACCUUUCAAAGAAACUGCUAGAUAUCUGGUGCACCUCAAACUAUCAAGAUCCAAGGAAAAAUCUAAUCUCAGAGUUGCUACUGGCUUGUUCAACAGAUCUCCAGAUACUCUUUAGUUUUAUGAAGAUCAGUACGCCUAGCCAAGAUAUUGACAAACAGGAAGCCAAAACCUCGUCAAACAUGCAAUCUUCUGAAGCCUUAGAAUCUGAAAAAGUUUAUCAUUUGUACUCUGCAAUAACAAAGAUCAGCUAUGGGUUUGUAAAUUUGAAGACCUUGGUUGAACCACUACUUGAUCUUUGUAAAGUGGAGAAUGCUGUUCUUGUUCAUAGAUCUCUGCAUGUACUACAUGUGCUGUUGGAACAUAUAUCUGGUGUUGAAAAGAGAUAUGAAGCCAGUCAAGGAAAUACUGAUAACGCUCAGCCAAGUUGGGAUGCAAACUGGCAUUCUCUGUUUGAAUUGAUGAUUCAAAUUGCCAGUAAAAGAACCGAAAAGGAUGUCAAACUGGAAGCAUUGUCGAUAAUGAACAUAAUCGUGAUGAGCACUAAUGCUUAUACCGAGAGGGAAACUUUUGUCUCCAAGGAAGUGUUUGGGAGCAUUUCAUUACUUUUACGAAAAGAAGGGGGUGUACAUGUACGGAAAGAAGCUACUCUUCUUUUUUACUUGCUGCUCAACUGCCCCAAACUGCUCGACAGCUUUGAUUCUCUCCAUGUGGGAAGGAACUCCUCAGAUACUGAAAACGACAGUGAAGGGAAUCUCUUUGCUUUGGAAGCAUUUGGUAAAAUCUUUGAAGGUUUAGCAGAUUGUUUGACUUCUCCUAGAAAGACAUCAGAGGAUCUGGAACUUUGUCGGAGUGUAAUAAUGAUCUUGGCUUUAGCAGCUUCUUCAGGAAACUCGGGCUAUGAACUACUUUCAGAGCACAAACUACCUCAAGAUACCAACUUUUUAAUGUUGAUACUUCAGCUUUUAGCUGCGGAAAUAGACUCGGAAGAAACAGAGUUUCAUCCAAAAGCAGAAAUUUUCAAAGAGAGGACACUAUUGAUGAGAGAGAUACUGAUAUUACUAGACAGACUCGUCUCCGGCUCGUCAAGCUCUGCUACAAUUCUAAGGGAACUAACAAAAAGCAGAGACAUGGCGAGCCUGACGGUUGAUGUAGCCACACGAUUAUCCCGUAAAAGAAACUUACUUGGACAACCUGAAAGCAGUGUUGAGAGAAUUAGGAAUACCGAAAUCAUGGAUUUAGCCCGCAUUUUCAAGAAACGGGUUUUUGCCUUCUUAGAAUCUUUAGGUGACAAUAUUACAUAAGCACAAACAUUAUUGGUGUUGUUAACUUCUUUGUGUUCCCCUUUACGAGCAUGGAGAACUGGCAAUUUUGAUUGAAAAAACAUAGUAGAUGUGAGACUGUCUGCAGAUUAACCCGCUAAUACAGUAUAAUGAGUAAAUGAUACUUUUUUUUUUUU